AUGAACAACCCAUUCGAAGUAGAACAACUCAAACGACUCCAGCCUAGCCAAUUCAUCAAGACCUGCUUGGCCAACAAACUCAGAACCGACGGACGGACGCUCCACCAAUCCAGACCCAUCCACUCGCACUCCGAUGUCAUCAGCAGUGCCCAUGCCUCAACCAUCGUCUCCAUCGGAAACACAUCCGUCCUCUGUGCCAUCAAGUUCGAGACCGCCCAGCCCGAGUCCGCCAAGCCCAACCAAGGCUUCCUCGUGCCUAAUGUCGAGCUAGGCCCGAUGUGUUGUCCGAAAUACAAGCCCGGUCCUCCGCCCGACCAAGCACAGAUCCUGGCCACCAAACUCAAAGACAUCCUCAUCUCCUCGGGGUUCGUGCCGUUGGACUCGCUGGUCAUCGCGCCGGGCAAGCUGGUAUGGGUGGUGUACAUCGACAUCGUCUGUCUGUCGAACGACGGCAACCUGUUCGACGCAUCUCUUUCCGCUACCACAUCCGCACUCAAAUCUGCAAGGAUCCCGGUCGUCAGCUUCGAUCACGAGACACAGAGCCUCAAGCUUGCCAACCCCACCCAUGCAGAGUGCGUUCCAUUAGCGAUCCGGACGAGCAUAAGUGGCUACACGUUUGCGCUAUACGAUCGGUCGACGAUCCUACCGGACCCGUGUCUGUUCGAAGAAGACUCCGCCGCCGGGUCGGUCACCUUAGUCGUCGACGACGACUCCCGAAACCUCGUCCAUCUCAGCUUCGCAGCCCCUGCUCCUUCGCCGGACUCGGACUCGCCAUCGCCCCUCUCGUGUCCGGCCGUCCUCGACGCUUGCUUCAAGAUCAUCCAUGCAGAUUCCUCGGCCCAGUAG